CUACUAGCCAUCGUUUCUCCCACAUGUGACGGUCUGGUGUCGCAGGUAAACAGGCUCACCGAGAAACACUUCCGGUGCUGCUUUUUUGGUUCCGACAUUGAAACAUGGCGUCCGCCGCGCUGAAGGUUGCAGUGGCAGGUCUUUCCAGAUGUUCUCGUCUCACCCUCCUGAGGGCACAUUCAACGACAGCACCGCUCCAUCAGGGCGUCCCUGGAUCACUCUGGAAACUGGGGAGGCUGAACCACAUCGCCAUCGCCGUCCCUGACAUGGAGAAGGCCACGGCUCUGUAUCGGGACGUGCUGGGGGCCACGGUGAGUGACAAGGUCCCCCUGCCCGAGCACGGCGUCUACACAGUGUUUGUGGAGCUCGGCAACACCAAGCUGGAGCUGCUGCAUCCUCUGGGGGAGAAGAGCCCGAUCGCUGGCUUCUUACAGAAGAACAAGUCUGGAGGGAUGCACCACAUUUGUAUUGAGGUAGACGACAUUAACGCUGCAAUAGCGGACCUGAAAGCAAAGAACAUCAGAACUCUGUCAGCGGAGCCUCGGAUAGGAGCUCACGGGAAACCGGUGAUGUUUCUCCACCCUAAAGACUGUGACGGCGUGCUGGUGGAGCUUGAAGAAGCGUGAACACCUCUGUCCGACGGCAGGGAUUGUUGGAGCUGUUAGUUCACAUUUAUAUAUUCCACAGAGUCACUAUGAUAACAAAUGUUGAUUUUGUAAUAUAGUUCUUUAUAGCACUUAGGUUUUGAUCUUCUCAUUUCAGAAAUGUGCCUCAAAGUUGUUCUUCCAGUUCUGUUCUUGACUUUCCGGUUGUGUAUAAAUAUAUAUAUUGUGAAUAAAUGGUAUUAUAAUGUGGUGUUCAGUGAAUGUUUGCAUUUGA